GCAGGAAUUAGUCUAUGGACUUGACAUGAUAAGGUAAUGAGACUUGACGAUGAGUUGCAUGAGGCGAUCUUUUUUAAUUCGAGAUAUUUUGGGUGAGUCUUGUUUGGAUUCUUUAUCAGAUGUGAAAGGCAUUGUAGAAGAAACGACGACUUCCGAUAACAAUUCGGAUAGCACAAAAGUCUCUUCCGAUCACGAAGGAUCUACGAAAAAACAGAGGAGAAGAAGGACGGCCUUCACUCAAGCUCAACUAGCCUAUCUUGAGAAGAAAUUCCGUUGCCAGAAAUAUUUAAGUGUAGCCGAUAGAGGGACUGUAGCCGAAACUUUAAAUUUAACUGAAACGCAAGUGAAAACUUGGUAUCAAAAUAGGAGAACAAAGUGGAAACGUCAGAAUUGUCAAAGACUGGAUCAAGUACGUCAUCACGUCCAAUCCAAAGAUCCUUUGCCUCCACCAACUAUUGAUCAAGCGUCGUCAUCUCGUGCCUUGGAAGCUUCCCUUAUUCCAUCCCCAUAUUUUGGAGCUUGUGUAGUACCUGCGACCUCAGCCUGUAUGAUUCCUCAAGCAAUCUUGAGGAACGUUUAUGUUCCAAGCCUUCAGCUGUAGUUGUAUGUCUGUGUGCAUUGUAUGAAUAAAUU